CACGGAUUUUUCAUCUUUAAAAGUAUGUGAUUUAAUUUAUACCAUUUCUCAAUUAACUUCAGAUUUUUGUUUAAACCAGUGUGUCGGAGUCUUAACAGACAGCCAUCUAAGAAAAACCUGUCUAAUUUCCUGUCAGCUCCAAGAUCCUACCUCAUCAAAUUUUCAUGAAAGAAAUUACUUUACAAUUCCAGCUAAAACAUUACUUCCCUUGCAGAUUGCCCUUUGAGUGUUGUGCUCCACUUGUAUGUUCGGAAUACCUCGGUGGUGAUAAGGGGCCACCAGGGAUCAGCUAAGGCGUCUGACAAACAUAAGAAUGUGUCUUUAUUAGGCAUCUAAAAAGUUCCGAAAAUCGGCGGAAUCUUGACAUGAACCAUGCCUUGUGACGUCGGUCUACCAUUGUUAAGUGUCGUUCUCCUUCUCCUGCUUCAAGAAUGUGAGUCUGAAUGUACGUUUCCUAAGUUCCUCAUAAGUGCUAGGGACAAGGAAACCGGACUUUUGAAACCAUGGAAAACCAAAACGCACUGGUUCCAAAUCAGCACCAACCCGCAAAUACAACAGCUGAGUGAAAUUUACGUCACGGGGUCCGAUAUGUGGCAGAUCCGACAGGAGUUUUACAGGACGUGUGAAUCAAAGUCCAGGCGGCUCUCCAAUAAAAUAACCUCACCAGAGAGGUGUGGCGAGAAAACGUUGUCCUACAAUCGGACGUGUCUUACCGUGGACUCGGCAGACAAAGCCACCGGUCUCUACACGUACCGACUCCUGGAACAGCACGUCACAGGAACAAAAUAUGUCUGCAUGUCAUUCCAGCGACGGAGUGAUGGCGUUGUUACAGUAAGGAAGGGUCCAAUCAAUGGGAGAAAUGUUCCUAGGUUGUGUGACAAAGAAAAAAUGGUGUAUGAUGAAUGGCCCUGGAUCGCCACUUGGAAACCAUCGACAUACACUUGUCCUAUAUCCGGUGGGUUUUCAUUGAGAGUCAUAAGUGGGCUGACAAUGAAGGAUACAUGCGAAAAGGAAUGGAGAAACUCUUCGAUUGAAGUAGAAUGUAGUAAGGGUGGUGGUAUAGUCUUUAUUUCACCAUUGAAGAGUGAAUGCAAUCCAUUUUCAAAGAAUAAUCCUGUAACAACUCUACAUUGUUGGGCUGGCUGGAGGCAGGAGAACUUUACUUACAUGAUCGUGUCAUCUCAGAGAGAAUCUGAGUACUACAACGAACCACAGUUUUGCAUACGCUUUCCUAAUACACUUUCUGAGAAUUUUGAGGCCUUCGUUUAUGUCAGUGUUAUAUGUCCAACAGACAGGGACGGGCUGGCACCGCCUGGUAUCAACUAUUUUAAGCUUAAAAUGAAGAAAAUAAAUAAUGCAGUAUGUGAAGAUGACAACGAAGAAGAAUGCAGCAAGUUAAAAGAUUCUGGAAUGUGUGACCAUCCCAAAACAGGAUUUUAUCGACAUUGUCUAAAAACCUGUGGAGAAUGUGAUGAAAAUUCAUCUUCACGGAAGACAUGCUCAUUCAGUUCCAAACUUUUUGGAAAAUGGAAACUAAUUGAGCGAAACCGAAUGGAGAAAAUUGUUAUAAAUUCCUCUCAUGUCGAUUUUUCUGAGAUGGGGGCGUUCCAGUGUUACCAACGGACCCCCGACGAGCACCAGUACACAGUCACCACAGCUUAUAAUAACGGAUGCUCGAGCAGGUACUCAUGCAUCGAAUUAGAAAGACUCGGCCAUAAUAUUCUUCGAUACAGAAUCGGUCCUAGUGUUCGGGAGAACCAGCCUUAUGAGUCUCUUUGCCAGUUUAGAGAUGACGACUUCCCCCUUCUGGAUACCUACCGCAGCAGUGCCAGGAAAACACUUAUCUAUGAUGAUGGCCUACUGUUAGACUCGUACUGUGGGUUUGAAGGACGGUUCAUGUUUAAUGGGACAUAUGGAGGACGACAAUGUUUAGGGAUGAUCUCUGAUGUAGAUUCAGACACGUGUAACACGGUGGCCACCCUAACAGUCCACGGCAAAGAUUGUCAGGGGGUCACUGGGGCUAAACAAUACCAAUGUUUGCGAUACAUUUACAACACAAGUUCAUUGUUUGAAAAGUACCUUAUAACAAAAUCAAAAGACGAAGCGGAGGAAUACAAUUGUUGGGUUAAAUACAGUACUUUUGAAUACAAGUACGAUUUUCCUCAGCAAGUGAUUUACAAAAUGCCCACCCCUCAGUGUGGAAUGUUUACAAAUGUCCUUGCACAUCACGACAGACAUGCAGAUGCAGAAUUAUUUCUAAAAGUAAAAGAACCAUGUAUAACAAGAUCUAAAGCAAAAAGUCAACCCACUGUCAACUCUCCUCCCUCUACGGUACCAUACCAGCUGGACGGUGUGGGGGUGGUGGUGCCGAUACGUCAGACAGUGGACAGUUACUACAGCCCAGCAUCUGGCCUCACCCCAUCCCUAUACAUCUACGUAGUCUUAGUCGUCUGUUCUCUUAGACAAACAGUACUUCCGGUUUUCAGGUGACAAAAUGCCAUCAGAAUCACAUAUAAAUACGACAUUCAACAUGCUACUCCAACUUAUUUUUUUAAACAUUUUUUUCGCAGUGGCAAAGUGAAGCAUCAAAAUUACCUGACGUGCCACAUUAAACAAGCGAUCAAAGGGGCAACAUUUUUUUAUUAUAUCUGUUAUUAAUUUGUAAUCGAAUUCCCGAUCUAAAUGUUUGCGCUGAUCGUUUUUUUUUUUUCGAUAAGUUGUAUAAUCAUUUUUACAGACUUUCUUUUUCAAGCUUCACGUGUUAAUUAAAGCCAACAAAGAAGCAAUGAUUUGGAAAUUCUGUUACUAUUUAUAUCAACUGUUUUGCUUAUAAAAUACAAUGUAUCGGUACUCUAGGGGCAAACGUCGGUAACCCGGAUAUUUUAAUUCUAUCAGAUCCGGUUUCAUUGCCAUCUGUGCUAGAGCUCUGAUGUUGCUUCUUUGAUAUUGUUAAAAUAAAGAGAUGAACUUUCAUUAAAAAUCCUAAUUCAUAUCAUUUAGCAGAAUGUUACCAGAAGGAAAACCGGAUGUUUUGCAUCGGUCUACAUUAUGCAAUCGAUACCAUUUUUCUUUGUAUGUAUAUAUGGAUGUUGAUAAUCAUCAUCACAUUUGUUUGAAUGUGCAACUGCCAUGUUUUGUACUGAGCUGCCAUUUUUACAUACAGCUAA